CGGCCCAACAUGGCGGACGGAAACCGAAACACGUACUCAGCUGUUUUCGGGUAAAGAAAUCUGCGCCUUCGACAAAAACACGGAUAUAAAAAGAUUUUGAAUACUAUAGUUGGGCAACGGUGGACAUUUUGCUGUUUUCUUGGAGCCGUGAUAUGUUGUAUUUCUUAAAAGACUGAUUAAAUCAGGAGAAAAUGAUACUCGAGCAGUACAAGAUGGCCGCCAUGGCACUAAAGGUAGUCCCAGCUUUAUUCGUCCUCUUCACGGUGACCCUUGACCUAACCAGCGCCAUCAUGGUCAUCGAUGUCACCUUCCCCAACGUCACCCAGCACAGCUUCACCGCGGACUGGGCGUACCGCCUCAACGGCUACAACGCCUCCCGGCUGGAAGGCUUCUCCCUGGCCGUCUCCAGUAUCUACGACUUCGAGAUCAUCAGCCGGGGCCUGCCGCCCAACCAGACCACGUUCGCCACGCCCUGGGUGGAAAGCGGGACCACCUUCCACGUCUGCAUUGCUCCGAGCAUCACGAACGGCCUGGGGAACAACACGUGCGGAUUCGUGACCACUUACUUCGACGCCUGGGACCUGAAGGGCCAGAUGGCUUGCUACAUCGGCAUCGCCCUGCUCCUGGUCUUCGUGGUGCUGAUCUCGUGGGACAUAUAUAACCCGCGCACGCCCUCUGGAGGCGAUCAGCAAGUGAACAGGAAGAAUACCGUGAGAGACAGACCUCCCAAUCUCACCCAAUCGAACAUGGAACUGACUGAAAAUAUGCACAUCUGAAGUGGAACUACUCUUAGUAAGGCUUUUAGUAAGGAUUUAGCUUCUUUUUAUGUCGGAGGAUUUAUUCUUCUUUUAUAAUUUUUGAUAGCCAGCUAGCCACAGUCACAAUGACCUCAGCAAAAACCAAACUUAAAUAAUAUAGACAUUGCUAUCUCAUCAUCUACAAUGACAUAUUGCAGCCUAGAACUGUUCCCAGCGUCUUUUGAAAUUAUUUAUAUCAAUAUUGAUCUGAUGGUAUCACUCGAAAGCAGAUUUCAUUUAACUUACUAUAAAAUGUAUCUAGUACCAAGAAACGCGUAAAUCACAUCGGGGAAAUAAAUACUCGGUUACAAAUAAACACCGUGCCAAAAAAAGUGCACACUCAUUAGAGGGGUCAUAAUUUUGAAUUUGAUCGUCUUAUGAUAACGUCAUUGAUAGACCUUUUGGGAAUGUUGUUAGCUACAUUUU